UUCCAAGUUCCGCGGGGGUUUAGGGUUCUAGCGAGGAUGGUCCAGUUCACGAAUGUGCUGCAGAUCGUCAAGAAGAUCACUGGCGGGCUGGUGUGGAAGAAAUGGAAGAUGAAUGAUACGAGGAAAGCCAACAGGAGGAGGCGAUUAAUCCGCAUUCACCAGGUCGAAGCGAUUAUCAAGGCUUGCAAAGGCCCUCCUCCUCCAAAAUACCUGGGAAUUCCAGCGCCAUCGCCAGCAUCCUCGCAAGCAGCAGCGCCACCAUCGUGAUCAAAAUGUAAGAACAUUCUUGCGUAGCAAAGAGCCUCUCCGGAAUUUAGGGUUUGUGAUCUUCCAUGGCCAUGGCGUUGCGUCGUCGAUGGGUCGGCCUGGCGAUCAAUCAAUCGAGGCUUUGGUCGUCUGGCGCAGCGCGGAUCGAGCAGCCGGCGCCCAAGAACCAAAAGAAUGCGCGCGAUUCCAAGGAAGAUCCAAAGGAAGAACCGAGUAGCACUAGGGCUGAGAGUAAUAAGAACGAGAACGAGAAUGGCAAAGGAGUAGAGCGUGAGGAGGUGGGAGGACCCCAAGGCCUCGAGCCAACGCGCUAUGGCGACUGGGAGAAAGCUGGAAGAUGCUAUGAUUUCUAGUUAACAACCAUAGCCCAAGAUCGAUCUCUC